AUGUCGGCUACAGCAGAUGACAACGUUUUCGCUAAUGACUCGUCCUAUCAUUGGGAAAUGCGCCGCAAGGCGUCGUUUUCCAAGCUAACGGGCGCAGUCCCUCGAGCUAUUCCUGGCAUGUACAACGACGAAGAAGAUCCACACGCCGAUGAAAAGAAGGAGAAGCUGUGGAAACUUAUGGAGACGUAUCUCAGCUCGGACAUCCAUUCCAUCCAACGAAGCAUCGUGAAUCACGUGGAAUAUACUUGCGCGAAAACUCGGUUCAACUGCGAUCCAGAGUCAUGCUACCGUGCAGCAGCGUUUUCUGUCCGUGACCGUCUGAUUGAGACGCUCAACGACACCAACGCCUAUUUCCACGAAAAAGACUGCAAACGGGCGUAUUAUCUUUCCCUUGAGUUCCUCCUUGGCCGCGCUUUCCAGAAUGCGCUUGUUAAUCUAGAUAUUGAGUCCAACUACAAGAAGGCGUUGGCGGAGUUGGGAUUCAACCUGGAGCAGCUGUACGAGUACGAGCAUGACCCUGCUCUCGGAAACGGAGGUCUUGGGCGUCUGGCCGCUUGCUUCCUCGACUCUAUGGCAACUGUCAACCUGCCGUGCUGGGGCUAUGGCAUCCGCUACACGUACGGGAUUUUUGAGCAAAAGAUUGUGAACGGCCGUCAAGUUGAGCAUCCGGACUACUGGCUGACCAUGUCGAACCCAUGGGAAAUCGAGAGACCCGACUGCACGUAUGCCGUGCGCUUUUACGGUUCUGUGAAGGAGUACCGGGACCCGCAGACAGGAAAGAUGAGGAGCAAGUGGGUGGAUGGUGAGAUCGUGCAAGCCAUGGCGUAUGACAACCCUAUUCCUGGAUUCGACACGUACAACACCAUCAACUUGCGUUUGUGGAAGGCCGCCCCGAGCAAGGAAUUCGACUUUCACCUCUUCAACGUCGGUCGCUAUUUGGAGUCGGUCCGGGAGCGACAACGCGCGGAAUCGAUUUCCGCGGUCCUGUACCCCAACGACAACACCAUGGAAGGAAAGGAGCUUCGCCUCAAGCAGCAGUAUUUUUUUGUGUGUGCAACCGUGCAAGAUGUGAUGCGCCGCUUCAAGAAGACUUCCAACAGGGACUGGAAUGAACUCCCUUCGAAGGUGCAGAUGCAGCUCAACGAUACCCACCCUACAAUUGCCAUUCCGGAGCUCAUGCGUAUUCUCCUCGAUGUGGAGGGACUGGAGUGGGAACAGGCCUGGGACCUCACGAAGCAGAUCUUCAACUACACAAACCACACGGUCCUUCCUGAGGCGCUAGAAAAGUGGUCCGCGGAGUUGAUCGGCCGGCUUCUCCCCAGGCACCUUCUCAUUAUUAAUGAGAUCAACUUCCGCUUCUUGAACGAAGCCCGGGGUGUGUUUGGAGACGACUGGAACAAGAUUUCCCGUAUGUCGAUAUACGAGGAAGGCGAGGAGAAACGCAUUCGCAUGGCGAACCUGGCAGUUGUCGGCAGUCGCCACGUCAACGGUGUGGCUGCAAUCCACUCAGAGCUCGUGAAGAAGGAUCUUUUCCCCGAGUUUGUUGAGUUUUACUCUCGACAAGGGUUCAAUGACAAGUUCCUUAACGUCACCAACGGUGUGACGCCGCGUCGCUGGAUUUAUUGCGCUAACCGCGGGCUCGCAGAUCUUUUUAGCAACUGGCUCGGUUCAGACUCGUGGCUCAAGGAGCUAGACAUGGUAGCUGGCCUUCAGAAUCACGUUGAUGACCCGCAGCUGCGCAAGGAGUGGAGAGCCGUCAAGAGAGUAAAUAAGCUCCGCCUGGCGGCGUGGGUUGAGCAGAGAUGCAAUGUGAAGCUCGAUGUUGACAACAUGCUGUUCGAUAUCCAAGUGAAGCGCAUCCACGAGUACAAGCGUCAGCUGCUCAACUGCCUGUACACUCUGCAUCGCUAUCUUACCAUCAAAAAGAUGUCUCCGCAACAGAGAGCGAGUGUCGUUCCGAGAGCGACGAUGAUCGGAGGCAAGGCGGCCCCAGGUUACUACACGGCGAAGAACAUCAUUAAGCUGGUCAACAAUAUUGGCCAAGUCGUCAACAACGACCCUGAUGUCAACGAGUACUUGAAGGUCGUCUUUCUUCCCAACUACAACGUCUCGCACGCCCAAGUGAUUAUCCCCGCCAGCGAUUUGUCUCAGCACAUCUCGACGGCAGGAACGGAAGCCUCUGGCACAUCGAACAUGAAAUUCGUGAUGAACGGCGGUCUCAUUUUGGGAACGCUGGACGGCGCCAACAUCGAGAUUCGUGAGGAGUGCGGCGACGACACUAUGUUCAUCUUCGGCGCUAAGGAACAUGAAGUGGCGAAGAUUCGCGAACAGGCGCGAAACGGAAACUAUCCCAUCGAUGGACGUCUGAGAGAGGUCUUCGACUUCAUUCGCUCCGGAAAGCUCGCGUGCGGUGACGGGCAAGCUCAAAGCGACUUUGUGGCGAUCGUGGACCAGCUGUGCAACAACGGCUACGGUCAGAAUGGGGACUUCUACCUCCUCAUUCACGACUUCGCGGACUACUGCCGGGCGCAGCAAGUUGUGGACGAGACGUACAAGGACGUGGAACAGUGGACAACGCUGUCGAUUAAGGCGGCGUCGUCCAUGGGAAAGUUCUCCACAGACCGUUGCAUGCGUCAGUAUGCCAAGGACGUGUGGAACCUUGAGCCGUGUGAGCGCCCCCCCCCUGAUGAGUUCCAGAGAAUGAGAUCCUUCGCCAACGACACGCCGAAUAGAGUCUCAGGUACUGAAAGCGCUCCGAAGUCUAACAAGGCUGGAAAGGGAGGAAAGAAAGCACAUUAA